CAUCUUCUAUAGCUCUUUUAAACUCUCCUUCAUAAAUAUUCAGUUCAAAUCACGACGAGUAAAAAUGAAGUCUUUCACCAUUGCCGCCAUCUUGGCCGCUCUCCCGGCUUGGGUGAACGCCGUUGCCAUUACCAACACUAACUUUGAUGGUAUUGAGGCCGGUAAGCCUUUUGAGGUUACCUGGUCCGGUGCCGCGGGACCCGUCGCUAUCACCUUGAAGGACGGGGCUGCUGACAACCUUCAGACGGUGUCUGAGCUCACCUCCGGCGAGACUGACGAGAGCUUCACCUGGAUUCCCUCUUCCUCUCUGCCUUCUGGCACUUACGCCCUCGAGAUCAACGAUGGCACUGAGGUGAACUACAGCAAGCAAUUCGAGGUUGUAGGCGGUUCUGGCGCCAGCUCUUCUGCUAGCAGCACGGCUUCGUCGACUAGUGUGUCUUCGACCGUCUCGUCCACCCCCGUCUCUAGCACGACCACUAGCAGCGCUUCUGCUACUUCCUCGAGCGCCUCCGAGUCUUCGUCUUCGUCUUCUACUUCAAGUGGAUCGAUCACCUCGUCUAGCACACAGGCUAGCUCCACUUCUACUGGAACCCGAGCAACCUCGUCUGCGACCUCGCCAACUGUCGUGCCCAACACGAACGCCGCUCAGACGGUGGCGCCGUUUGUGGCCCCGAUGCUGCUUGCCGUUGGUGCUGCUUUCCUAUAAGCGCUCGGCGUGUACUCCAACCAAAAUAAAACAGUAUGAUUAUUGGUCCCUGUAAGGGUUUCGCUGUAUAAUAAUUCUUGCUAUUGCUACCUGUACAACGAUUGCCCUUAUUUCUUUGCAAGUGGACGGUUGAUGGAAAUGAAGUAUUCGACCGGAGGGUUUCACUGUUCAUAGGAUUCCUGACGUUUGAUGCGUUUAUGAACGCUUUUAUGGUGUGUACGUAAUGUGUCUCAGACCAAUAAUCAUUUUUGGAAGCGACAGAUAGUCUCCAAAGUGAAUGCAAUACACAGACUGCUGUCUCUCCUAUGAUGAUUUCAAUUCCUUCAGAUUAGUGUAGUCAUGCUUUGAUAAUGUGUGAUCUCAACCUAGUACGUAUGAACCAC